AUGACGUGUAAAGAAAAGCCAUCGAAAAGUAUUUUAAAAGCUGAUCAUGAGAAAGCAACAACACUUGGAACAUACAAUAUUUAUACAAAACGUGCCAGUUUCAAAGAUGAUGUAAUUUUACAACAAUUUAUCCAAGACAAAUGUGAACCAACUACACCUUGUGUCAUUGAAGCUAAACUACCUAUCGCUCCUGAUGUAACCGAAGAAGAAUUAACACCUGAAGAAAUAUCAAGACGUAAAGAAUUCAAACAAAAACGUCGUUUGGUAGACUUAGAAGGUGCUGAUGGAUUAAGUUUGAAAGCUGUUCUAGCACAUCGUGUCUCUUUACCCGGUGUGGAAGGUGACGAUGAGGUAGAAAUGGAAGCUGAGAAAAAUUUAGAAGAAGAAGAAGAAGACCAUGACGAAAUGAAAGCUACUGAUCAACAAUUUGAUCAGACAACUAAGCAAAAUCCCAGUGGAUCUAUCCAUGCAACGAAUAUUGAUGAUUCACUUUCAUUACUGUCCAAAUCAUCCAAACACCAAUCCGAUGUUGAAUGGAAUUUCUCUAAUAUGGAACAUGAAACAAUUAUCGAUAAAUUAUCGAAUAGAAAAUCUGAUCAAUCGAAUAGUUGUUGUGAAACAACAAGUAUUUCAUAUUCAGUUCCUAAUAUUGUGAACAAAUUGUCAACUUCAACGAUUCAAACAGUAGAAGAACAAACACCAUCACCACCACCAUCACUAAUGACAACGAUAAAAAUCAAUAAGGAUAACAGAAAAUAA